AUGUUGCUGGUGAUGGUGGUGGUCACCACAGCCGCUGCCAGCAUCCUCCCGCAGCUUAGUUCCUCUGGUGUGGGAGACUUGUUGUCAGUUGCAGGUGGUGCUGUGGGCGCCGUACUGGAGGCGGUGUCUCAGCCCACCUGCUCCCUCAUCCUCCUCACAGAUGGCACCACCUCACCCUCCACCAUCCUCAAGGAGGAGAGUGUAGUGCAAGGGACCCCCUGGGGUGUGGGGGUGUUCGAGGUGACACUGGAAGGCCAAGAGCGAAACGUGACACAAGCGCUACUUUCCCAUCUGUUUCACCAGGCUCGACAGGUGAGAAUGGGGUCUCGGUGUGUGCUGGUGGUGGUGGUGAGUCACGACCCGGUCUUCCUCGACACCUUCGCCGAGUGGUCCCUCAAGGGUCGCCUCCUGGUGUGGGCCACCAAGCUACUGGUGGUCACCAGCCUCCCACUCCCACAGCUCCACUCCCUCCUGUCCUCCCACUGGACCUUCUCCAUGAUGAACACCAUCUUCCUCAACCUGGAGGACACACCACCCAACCUCAGGGUCAGGAUGUACACCCACCUGCCAUACAGUCCAGAGGGAGCCCAGGUGGUGAGAGUUGCCUCCUGGUUGCCGGAACGCGGCCUCGUCCCAAAACCGGACAGUUCUCUAUUCUCCUGUAAAUUCUCCAAAUUCUACGGUGCCCAGGUGAAUGUGACCGCCAUACCGUUCGCGCCGUUUUGGGACGAGGUGAAGGGACCUGACAACACGACACAGUACUCCGGCACUGACUACAUGUUGCUGGCGACCAUUGCUGACGCUCUCAACUUCACCAUCUACAAUGUGCCCGGCCCCACCACCUGGGAAGAGGUUACAGACCUUGUGGAGGAGAGAGUAUCCUUCAUCGCCCCAGUAUACCACAUCUUAUUGCCAGAACGUCUCGAGCGCUAUGACCACUUGUGGGUGUACGAGUACGGGUCUCUGGACUUCAGUAUGGCCCAGCCGGGUAUCAAACCACAGUGGCAGUCGCUCUACUACCCGUUCAUUGACUUGGUGUGGGCGGCCGUCCUGCUGGCGCUGCUGCUCACCCCUGUGGUCCUGCUGCUGGUGAUUGGAUGUUUCCGUUUUAUUUCCAAUGUGUAUUAUUUUAACAUAUAA